AUGGCUGGGAAAAUGAAGCUCUACAAGUUGGUGGUGCUGGGAGAUGGAGGUGUUGGCAAGACCGCGCUUACUAUUCAGCUUUGUCUAAACCAUUUCGUCGAGACAUACGACCCAACAAUUGAAGAUUCGUACCGUAAACAGGUUGUCAUUGACCAGCAGGCAUGUAUGCUCGAGGUGCUUGACACUGCGGGACAGGAAGAGUAUACCGCUUUGAGGGACCAAUGGAUUAGAGACGGUGAGGGUUUCGUGCUAGUCUACAGUAUCACAUCACGCUCCUCGUUCACCCGGAUACAGAAGUUUCACCACCAGAUCCAAUUAGUGAAGGAAUCUGCAAGCUCUGGGUCCCCAACGGGAGUCAGCUACCUUACAUCGCCCAUGAACCCGCCGACCCCUGGUAUGAAAGUUCCAGUGAUGCUUGUGGGAAACAAGAGCGACAAGGCCAUUGAGCGGGCCGUCUCAUCGCAAGAAGGGUCUGCGUUGGCCAAGGAGCUUGGAUGCGACUUCGUCGAAGCCUCUGCAAAGAACUGCAUCAAUGUUGAGAAAGCGUUUUACGAUGUAGUUCGCCUGCUUAGGCAACAACGACAGCAACAGGGUACUCGACAGACACUUAACAGAAGCCCUGGCACGCAGAAGGACAAUGGCCAGGAACACACCACGAAAUUCCGAACCGAUCGUCCUAAGACGCACAGGAGCAGUAUCAAGUGUCUGAUUCUUUGA